AUUCCAUGCAGCACAUUAUUUUUUCCUUCUCUACAAAAAAGAUUUGAAUUGAUCAAAAGCUUAGCGACAUACUCCUAAGAAAUACAAUGAAUGAAUUCGGUAAUUGAAUUGAUCAUAUCGGAACGUUAUUUUUAAAUUAAGUCGACGCAAUCAGGUAUUGUUAGCUGAUCCUUUCAAUAGGAUUUCAAUAUCGUAUGACCUUCCUACUGCUCACACCUACAAGCUCAAAGGCGGAUAUUCUGGCAAAAGAAGCAAGCAAGUUUUUAUGAGGUCUAGGAUAAUGAAGAAAGCUGACGUAUUGAUUUGUAGUUUCAUUUUGUUAUGCAUUCUCAAUGCAUCCCAUUCCAAACCUACACACACGAAACGCUCACAGCCAACAUUUGUCAACAAUAGGCACGUUAUGAACGUGAGUGCCCUUGAAACAACGUGCAAAAUUGUCCCCUACACAAUGGUAAUCACCCACAAAAAUUGCCAUCCAAAAAAGGUUGAGGUCAAUUCUUGCUAUGGACACUGCAACUCUAUAUUUCUUCCUGGUGAUAAAGGAUAUCAAAACACAUUGAGCGUAUGCACCAAAUGCAAACCGAAAACAUUUCACUGGAAAAUAGUCAAACUGAGAUGUUCUUUCUUGACUCAAAAAGGGAGGAAAGAGCACCGAAGGCGACGACGGAAGAAGUUUGAGGUGCAAAUCUAUGAUUCGUGCCAUUGUACGGAGUGUAGCUCUUAGGUUUAUUAUUUUUACAUGUAUAUAUAUUUAUUCUGGUUUAAAUUAUUUGAGUUUAUUUUUACGUUGUGAAAAAUGUAUUUAAGAUGUGCCCAUUCUUAAAUCACAGUUUUUGAACCAGUAACGUCAAAUUUUUUAAGAACUUUUUUCACUAUGUAUACAUUUUGGACAUAACGGAGAUAUGCAAUAACAAAAAAACAGCCGAUAAAGUGAUAAACUUAUUGUAAGGGUUAAAAUUAUAUAAAUAUUUAGUCGUUGUAACGUUUACUUUCGUAUAUUAUAGAAUUCUUGUACACAAUAGUCAAUUGUAAUAUCAUCCUUCUUAUCCACACAUUCAUCUAACAAUCAUUUCGUUUCUAACCUUUUAGAGCUCGUUGAUUUGAAGCGGGCGACACAUGAUAUGUUUAAUUACAAUUCGUCGAUUUUUUAUUUCCUUCCUUAUCACAUCAGCUUAAAAAGUUGUGCUUGAUCUACGCGAUCGAGAUGGGCAUUCCUUUAAAACAAAAUCACCAGUUCUAUAUCAAUAUAAAAAAUCGGAAGUUAAACUUCUAAAUUCUUGAUAAGAUGACUUUAGAGGGAUUCACAGAGAAUUUGUUGAAAUAAACUGAAGACAACCUUGAUGUUAGUUAAGUUAUUCAACAAGUCUUUUAUUGAUAAGUUUGCCUUAUCUUUUACAACUAAAGUUGUCAGGCGUCUUAAAGUUUUCUUUGUUGAUGUUUUAAAGCAUGGAUAUCAUAAAAAAAACAAGACAAUCUAUUGUCUGAAGUUCGCUUUAGAUAUGUCUCGUUACACUGAACGAAGCAUUGAUGUUAGGAAUUCUACCGAUAAUCCCUAUGAAUGGAUUUAAUGAGAUUGUAAUAGGUUUGAAAUUCUUUUUACAUCUGUUAAAAGUUCCCUUCCAUGAAUUUCUUGUCCAUUUUUAUGAACAACCAAUUCAUAGAAGAGAAAAGUUCUAUUCUAUGAAUUCUAUUUAGGCCGGGAUUUUUUUGUAGCUCAGAAGAAAGGUGGUGGUGGCGGGGAUGGGGUGGGGAGAUGCUAAAAAACCUCCCUUUGAAAGUAACGAAGGUGAAGUAUUGCCACAAAACUUGACACAAGUGCUUUUCCGCACGUUGGAGGAAAAUUUGGAAAGAAAAUUUGGAUGUCGUCAUGGAGUUUAGUAGUGAACCAUAAACUUUGGGAUAGGAAAUAUUGUUGCAAACGUUUUUUUAUGUGUAAAAUUACUUCUUAACUAAUGAGACACCAUGACAAUAAACGUGACACCAUAUUAUGAACCUGACGAAAGAUAGUGAAAACUGUCGGUAAUAAACAAAC